CCGCCAUUUUCCUGGUAGCGCCCCUCCUCAAAUUCCCAAAACCGUGGCCUCCUCCAUUUCCCCGUCUCCAUCGCCAUAAUCCUCUCCCGAUUUCCCUCAGCACAUCCCAAGACCUAGCCGCCAUCGUGUGCUGGUGCCUGGUGGCCGCCGAUCACCGUCACUCCGCCGCCGCCACCCUGCAUCGUGCGUCUCGGCUCCUCCCUCCGUUGAGCUCCCCGAGAAUGGCGUCGCCGCCGGAAGUUGAUCUCGCCGAGUACGAGCGCCUCCGUGCGGAGAACAUCCGCCUCAAAGAGAUCAUCCUCGCCUCCGCCCGCCGCAAGGCCGACGACCUCUCAUCCGCCAUCAAGUCCUCCGAGCCUCCUGCCGCGCGCCGGCGCACCAUCCGCCUCUCUCAAUCCCCUCCCGACGCCCAGCCCGCCCCUCCCACGCCCACCCCAUCCAAGCGCCGUGCUCCAAAGCCCACCCCCUCCCAACGCCAUGGUCGGAAGCCCACACCGUCCCGCCAGCGUGCUCCGAAGCCCGCCCUCUCUCCAACGCCGAUGCCCCGCAGCACCACCUUCUCCUCCUCGCUCGCAUCCACCAUCCUGGAUGCCGUCUCGCUUUCACCAGGGGCUGCCAAGCUCCGUGCCGACGGGUUCGAUGCCGGGAAGGAGCUCGUGCUGAGACCUACCAACACGAGGAAGCUGCUGCCCAACAGGAUACCGGCCCUCCUGGUCCUGCCGCUGGUCGACCGGACAGUUGUGGCGGCGGGGAACAUCUUGGGGAAUGUUGGGUUCUGGCACGCCGACCGGGAACCUGGUGUGGCGGAGACAGAUGGGGUGUUCGAGUAUUUGCCCCACCAGGGCCCUGUGGCAGCAAUCGUCGCACACCCGGCCCUGCCACACAAGAUCUACAGCUGUAGCCAUGGGGGUGAAAUUUGUCAUAUGGACGUUGAGAAGGAGAGCUUUAAUAUUAUCCACUCGUGUGACUACCCUGUUUAUUCACUCUGUCAAGCCCCGGACAGUGCUAGCUGCCUCUAUUUCGGUGGCGCGAACGGUACGCUGAAACUCUCUGAUGAGCGGAUGGGCAAGGUAUCAACCACGUGGGACUCACAUGACAAUGCAGUCAACUCGAUAGAUUUUCAUCCAGAGAAGAAACAUAUGCUCGCCACAAGCUCAACAGAUAAAACAGCACGUGUGUGGGAUCUCAGAAGGCUUCAGGAGAAUAACAAAUAUUGUUUGAAGGUUCUCCAACAUGAUUCUUCUGUUCAGUCGGCUUAUUUCUCACCUAGUGGCCGCAUGCUAGCAACAACAAGCCUUGACGAUACCGUCAGAGUCUUUGAAGGGGAUGACUUUGAUAGCUCGCACAUUAUCAACCAUAAUAACCAGACAGGACGCUGGAUUUCUUCAUUCAAGGCAAUCUGGGGCUGGAACGACACGGACCUGUUUAUCGGAAACAUGAAGCGGGCGAUAGAUGUCAUCUCAGUUGGUAGCAGCAGUGACGGCGGUGGCCUCAUCUCGGCUCCGCGCAGCGCGUGCCUCCAAAGCCAGCACAUGACGACCAUUCCUUGCAGGUUGUCCGCACAUCCAUACAAAGUUGGCCAUCUUGUUUGCGCGAGCUCUGGCAGCGUGUUCCUUUGGACCAGGGCUUGAUAUAUUGGACCAACAAGAUCUCUGAAACAGGCAGUUCCGUUUCAACCCAGUGCUCUUUGAUGGUUAUCUAACUAACUCGUGAGUCGUCGAUCGCCUGUUGUGUUUCAAGAAGUCGUGCUGCUGGGGAACAUGUUGGUUUUAAGGACUGCUUGUUCAGUAUCCUGCCUAAGUUUUGUUUCGCGUGGUACUCUCGUAGUAGUACAGUAUAAUUCUUUCUUUCUAAUGUUUUGGCUGGGUGGAGCAGUUGUCAGGUUAGAACCAAUUGAGUCUUUUGAGCCCAUGUUCUUACUAUGCUGCCUCCUUUCUUGUGCAUGCUGUCCUUUUCUCGCUCGAUCACGUCCUUUGUUUGCUUAGGC